CUCGACAAAAAACAGUGUCGCCCAAAACAAGCCACGAAAUUAAUUGAUUCUGCUUAUUUUGACCAAUUAUCACGAUGAUUUGAGAGAUUAGACAGUGUCUGGUGAUCUAGGUUUGCCAGGUAUUUCAGGGUGUUCUGUGGAGCCUUUGCCAGAAGACCGUGACAAUAGUAUUGUGAUUCUGUAGUGAUUUUGGUGUAAAGAUACAAAUUUCCCAUCCCCAAACAUGGUCCGAUUGUGGGAUGCUGGACGAAUUAUUAGGAUUUCUCAUAGAAUACUCCUCAAUCCCGUUAGCAAGGACACUCCAAACAAACGAUAUUUGCGGAAAUUCUCCACAGCUUUACUCACAUUCCCUCACAUCUCCGCGAAUCUCCGCAGUCUGUCCACAGGAAAUGCCCUCCGGGUGAAGUCCAAGGAGUCCGAGGAGACACCAGAGCAAAAAUCAACACUCGAGAUCAACACCAAGGGUGGAAAACUGGUGGUGACAACUUCCCUUGAUGAGAAGGAACUCAAGAGUGUGACAAUUGAGAAAGCCAAGGAAGAGGCUAAUGCUUCCCAGGGACCAGCAAAUGCUUCAGAAGACCCCUCGUGGCCACUGAGGAAACGAAUUCGGGUCGAUUUCAAUCGCUCCUCACUGGAGCGGAACUUUAUAACGCCCGGCCGGGCGAUGUCGGACUUUCUGCUGAAGCCCACAGAUUUGGAAUCGCUUGUGAAGACGCGCAGACGAUCGCCUCAUGCCUCGGAGGCGCCAAUUACAGUGUAUUGGCGAAAGGAUGUCGAAGCGAAGGCGAUUGAUGUGUGGGGUUCACGAGAGAACCUCCUCCGGGAGUGCCUGAAGAGGGAGAUUGAGAAGAAAACCCAUCAGCAGAAUGUUUUCACGGUGAAGCGGAGACUUCGCGACUACCGGCGAGAGAUUGGCAGUCGAACGAGCGUGAUUGAAAGUGAGACUGGUCUGUUUGGCACCUCCGGGAAGGUUGUCUUGACUGCAGUUGGAAUAAAUGCCACAAACUUUGUCUUCAAACUCUUCGCCUGGGUCUACACGGGUUCCAACAGUAUGUUUGCCGAAUGUAUUCACUCCUUGGCGGACACGAUCAACCAACUGAUCCUUGCCUAUGGGAUUCACAAGUCUAACCAAAUUGCCGAUUCCGACCAUCCUUAUGGCUAUGCUAACAUGAAGUAUGUCUCGUCGCUGAUCUCAGGCGUGGGAAUCUUCUGUGUGGGCGCGGGACUGUCCUUCUACCACGGCAUAAUGGGUCUGGUGCAUCCGGAGAUGGUCAGCGAUUACUCCAUGGCAUUCCUAAUCCUCGCCGGAUCUCUGGUUUCCGAAGGAGCGACACUUGUGGUGGCCAUAAAUGCCAUCAGGAACUCCGCGAAGACGGCUCGAAUGAGCUUUAAGGAGUUUGUGGUACGUGGACACGAUCCGUGUGUGAAUGUCGUGAUGACGGAAGACACGGCGGCCGUGGCGGGAGUGAUUGUGGCGGGCAGCUGCAUGGGCCUCUCGGCGCUGCUUCAGUCGCCGAUUCCCGACGCCGUCGGAUCGCUCCUGGUGGGCGGAAUCCUCGGCGGCGUGGCUCUGUUUAUCAUCCACACGAACGUGAAUGCUCUCGUGGGCAGAUCCAUUCGACAGAACAAUCUCAACCAAAUCAACGCGGAGCUGGAGAGCGACGUGAUGAUCAGGGCGAUUCACGAUGUGAAAGGCAUCGACAUGGGUAACUCUCUGGUGCGCUACAAAGCCGAAGUGGACUUUGACGGCCGGGAACUCACGCGAUCCUACCUGGACAAGCUGGAUCUCAAUUCGAUGAUGGAGGAGGUGAAGGCCUUCACGACCAUUGACGAGGUGGAGUCCUUCAUGCUGAAGCAUGGCGAGAACAUUGUGGACCUCAUGGGCGGCGAGAUAGACAGGAUCGAACUGAAACUGAGGAAGAAAUUCCCGGAAAUACGGCACUGUGACUUAGAGAUUCUCUAGACGAGCAUCCCUACUAGUGAAGCUAAUUUAUUUGCUAAGUUAAUUUCUCUCAACUACUCCACAAUGCGACUGAGCAUUGUCUCUUGUGGUUCUACAAAAAGCACGGACUUUUCCGGCGAGGAAAAACGCCUCUCAGCACGACUCUGAGCGGAAAAUUGCCGUUGUUCAUUGUUGAUGUUAAUAAAGUGCGAUAUAGAAAAAA